GUCAAUCGGAUUUUGAUCCCCAAAACAAAACAACAUAAGAAAAGAUAAAAUUAAUUUAUGUUAAAGUAGUUAACAGGGCAAUAGUUAAUUACUUAAUUUACCUUUAAUAUAACAGCAAUGUUAAGUAUUAUAGAAGAUAUUUCAUAAAAAUGAUCAUAAAAAAUUUAUGACAUUUAAAUUACAAUUAAAAUAAAAAAUCACACACUAAUUAAAAUUUUUUUUUAUCCCUAACAUUUCUCUUAAUAUAACAAACGAAACGAAACGAAAGCGGGCUUGAACUUGAUCGAACACCUGCAAUGGCGGCUCGCUCGAUCUUCCUCGCUCUCACUCGAAAUUGCAGAGGCCAAAGGAGUCUCUCCAGAUCUCUCUCCUCAUCAAGUGCAUCGAGAAGUGAAGUUAUUGUGAAAGAGUCUCAUACUUCUCAGGAUGAAGGAACUCGAGAUUUUAAUGGCGAACACGAUGAUCUCAAGAGCAGAAUAUCCAGGCUUUAUUUACCCAGAGUCGGCACCUCCAACAUCCUCCAAAAAUGGGUCUCUGAAGGCCGCAAACUUACCUCCUCCGAUCUCCGACACAUCAGAGAUCACCUCCACAGGAGGCCGCUUUUCUGCGACCGCCACGCCUUCGAGGUCUCUUUCUAUCCCCAGCAAAUUAAAUUUCUAUUUGGUUGCCGAGAAAAUGAAGAGAAAACAUUUAAGGUUAAAAAAGAAAAAGAAAAAAGGAAGUUCUUUUUUCCCCCUCUUCUCCAUGUUAAAUAUUAG